UCUAUUACAUGGCCAGUUCAAGGUUCUUUCUCAUGUUGGUUCUCUUCCUGUUAUCCUUUAUUUUCAACAUUCAUCACUCUCAUUCUCAAAACAACACAUGUCUGUCAGAAAACCAGAAACCCCUAUUUGUAUUUGGAGAUUCUCUAUUUGAUUCUGGAAACAAUAACUACAUUAAAACCACCACAUUUUUCCAAGGCAACUACCACCCUUAUGGAAAAACUUUCUUCAAGUAUCCCAGUGGAAGAAUUUCUGAUGGACGUGUAAUUUCAGAUUUUAUUGCUGAAUAUGCAGACUUGCCAUUUAGUCCUCCGGUAUACUUUAAUCCUGGAAACCUUCGUCAAUACAGUUAUGGGGUGAACUUUGCAUCUUCUGGAGCCGGAGCUUUGCCUGAAACUAAUCAAGGAUUGGUGAUUGACCUGAAAACUCAAGGAUUGUACUUCAAAAGAGUUAGCAAGCAAUUGAGGCAGAAACAUGGAGAAGACAGAGCCAAGAAAUUGUUUUCCACAGCUGUUUAUAUUUUUUCCGUUGGAGGCAAUGACUAUGCAUCCCCUUUCUAUACAAACCCCAUUAAUGCCACUGUCGUCCUUCCAUACCCUCCACAAAAUUUUGUAGAUUUCGUCACUCACAACAUUACAACAGUGAUCAAAGAGAUUUACAAUGAAGGUGGAAGAAAAUUUGGGUUUUUAAAUGUUGCUCCACUGACUUGUUCUCCGUUUCUAAGGACACUCGCGAGUGGAACAUCCAUAGAAGCAUGUCUCAAAGCACAAGGCUCUGCUCUUGCAAGACUACACAAUGAUGCUCUUCCCAAAUCACUUCGAAAGCUAGAAAGACAACUAAAGGGAUUCAAAUACUCAGUUUUUAACUUCUAUGAUGUGCUUCUGGAAUUGAUCAAGUACCCUUCAAAAUAUGGUUUCAAAGAGGGGAGUGUGGCUUGUUGUGGAGGUGGACCUUACAGAGGAGAUUAUAGCUGUGGAGGGAAAAGGGGUAUUCAAGAAUAUGAAUUAUGCAACAAUGUUGAUGAGUAUGUGUUCUUUGAUUCUCCCCAUCCAUCGGAGAGAGCUGCUCAACAUUUCGCUCAGCUAAUGUGGAAUGGUAACCAAGAUGUGAUUGAGUCUUACAAUCUGAAGCAGUUGUUCCAUCUUUAAUAUAUAGUUAGAUAAAUUUAGUCCUUUGCAGGAUAAAACACAAAUAAUUGUUGGAUGCAGCAUGAUUGAAUAGAAUAUAUAUAUAUAUAUAUAUAUAUAUAUGUGUGUGUGUGUGUGGUUAUUGUAAAAGUAUAAUAAAAGUCAACUCUUUAGAGAAUCAGUUAUA